GUUUUAGGGGGGUAAUGCGUGCCUUUACCUUUGGGAAGAACAUUGGUCGCCGGAGAACAUUCGAUCCUCUCUCUCUCUCUCUCAGAUCAGAUUAGAAGUGGAAAAAGAAUUAGGUGGGAGAUAGAGAUGUGUUUGAGAUAGAAAAUGAGUAGUAGUAGUAGUAGGGAAGAGAGGAUAGAGGAGAGUUUGCUAGUGGAUCCCAAGUUGUUGUUCAUAGGGUCUAAGAUAGGGGAAGGCGCUCACGGCAAAGUGUAUCAAGGAAGGUAUGGCUCCCUGAUUGUUGCCAUCAAAGUUCUGAACCGUGGGAGCAACCCUGAAGACAUGACUUGUCUCCAGAGCCGUUUCAUCCGCGAAGUCAAUAUGAUGUCGAGAGUCAAACACAAGAAUCUUGUCAAGUUUAUAGGAGCCUGCAAAGAGCCUUUAAUGGUAAUCGUAACAGAGUUGCUCCCAGGGAUGUCUCUCCGCAAAUAUCUAACCAGCAUCCGUCCUCGUCUCCUUGAUCUCCCUCUCGCUUUGUCCUUUGCUCUUGACAUUGCCCGCGCCUUGGACUGCUUACACGCCAAUGGCAUCAUUCACCGAGACCUCAAACCUGACAACUUAUUGCUCACCGAGAAUCACAAAUCCCUCAAGCUUGCUGAUUUUGGCCUUGCUCGCGAAGAAACUGUCACUGAGAUGAUGACCGCUGAGACUGGCACUUACCGUUGGAUGGCUCCUGAGCUCUACAGUACAGUCACGCUGCGUCAAGGAGAGAAGAAGCAUUACAACAACAAAGUUGAUGUCUACAGCUUUGGAAUCGUCCUUUGGGAGCUUCUCACUAAUCGUAUGCCAUUCGAGGGCAUGUCCAAUCUCCAAGCCGCCUAUGCUGCAGCUUUCAAGCAGGAGCGGCCGGGAAUGCCUGAAGGAAUAUCUCCUACUCUCGCCUUCAUUGUGCAGUCCUGUUGGGUGGAGGACCCAAACAUGAGGCCAAGCUUCAGCCAGAUUAUCCGAUUGCUCAACGAGUUCAUCCUUACCCUCUCUCCUCCUCUGCCUCUGCCUCUGCCUCAGCCUCAGCCUGAGAGUGAGCUCAACAGCAUCAGAGCUAUCACUGAGUUCUCCAGUCGCGCUAAAGGGAAGUUUGCAUUCAUUCGCCAGCUUUUUGCUGCUAAGAGGAACAAAGACUCUUAGAUAAAACAUCAUCUUAGGAAGGAAUCUGACACUGCCACUGCCUUCUUUGGUCAUCAAUAAAACAUUAGCAGCAGAUAAGUAGUAUCACAUGCCAAACUAAUUACUUUGGUCACAUUUUCAAAGCUUUGUUUAUCUUUCUAAUACUACAAAAACAAAGAUAAUGAGAUCAACUGUAUGUAUGUUAUUAUGCAAUAUAUAGUACUAUCAUAGUUUAACUGC